AUGUGGCUGGUGGUUUUGUUGUGUUGCGUUUUGGACGCCUCCGUUGCGCGUCCACCUGCGAACGCGUCUCUGCUCGCACCUGACGGAACCGUGCGCGCGGUGGACCGGAUUUAUCACGGGGGAGGAAAAGCCGGGUAUCUUCUGUAUCUGGACGAGCAGCGCUUUCAGCUGGAUAUGGAGCGGGAUGAAACGAUACUGGAUCAUCAGUUCAGCGCUGACGCGCCGCCGCGCAGGGAAUGCGUUUACCGCGGGACCGUCAAUUCAAACGCACAAUCUCUAGCUGUUUUUAACCUGUGUGGUGGCGGGCUUGAAGGGUUUUUCGCGCUUGAUCACUCCCGGUACACCAUCACUCCUGUUAUCCGAGCGAAAGGGCACGAGAAUGACGUGCAUAUAGUCGAGGACGCCGACGCGACGCGCGCGCUUCAUCUCUACACCCGGGAGCGCUUCAGUUUCGAGGCGAUGCCUGAGCGGCACAGCUGCGGCACGCGGGACCGGAAAACGCGCAAGCACAAAAAAGAAAAGCACGGGCGCAGAUGGUGGACAAAGUUUAUCAAACCUGACGCUUCGCCGACGCGACGCAAACGCUCUGUGUCGCGCGCGCGGCACGUGGAGCUGCUGCUGGUCGCUGAUGCUUCCAUGACGAAGAAAUACGGGAAGGACUUACAGCACUACCUGUUGACGCUCGCGUCCAUCGCGUCCAAACUCUACGGUCACGCGAGCAUCGAGAACCCCAUCCGGCUGUCGGUGGUGAAAGUGGCGCUUCUGUCCGAGCACGAGAAGGGCAUCGAGAUCUCCAAAAACGCGGCCGCGACGCUCAAGAGCUUCUGCAAGUGGCAGAACCAGCAGAACCCUCUGGAUGACGAUCAUCAGCAUCACCAUGACGCCGCGAUCCUCUUCACCAGGCAGGAUCUGUGCGGGCAUCACUCGUGUGACACUCUGGGCAUGGCGGAUGUAGGAACUGUGUGUUCGCCAGAGAGGAGCUGUGCUAUCAUUGAGGACGACGGCCUGCACGCUGCCUUCACUGUGGCUCAUGAGAUCGGUCACCUGCUGGGUCUGUCCCACGACGACUCCAAGUUCUGUGAGGAGCGUUUCGGCUCCAGCGAGGACAAGCGGCUGAUGUCCUCCAUCCUGACCUCCAUCGACGCCUCCAAACCCUGGAGCCGCUGCACCUCCAACACCAUCACCGACUUCUUCGACGACGGAAACGCGGAGUGUCUCCUGGACGCUCCCCGUGUUCCUCUGCUGGGGCCGGAGGAGCUGCCGGGUCAGAGUUACGAUGCGGUGCAGCAGUGCCGUCUGGCGUUCGGCUCCGAGUACAGUGUGUGUCCCGGGAUGGACAUCUGCGCUCGGCUGUGGUGCUCCGUCAUCAGGAAGGGUCAGAUGGUGUGUCUGACCAAGAAGCUGCCCGCUGUUGAGGGAACGCCAUGUGGGAAGGGCAGGAUCUGUCUGCAGGGCAAAUGUGUGGACAAAACCAAAAAGAGACACUAUUCGACAUCUAAAGACGGCAGCUGGAGUUCGUGGGGAGCGUGGGGUUUGUGUUCUCGCUCGUGUGGUGGCGGCGUUCAGUUCGCGCAGCGGCUCUGCAAUAAUCCUGCACCCCGAAACAACGGACGAUACUGCACCGGGAAAAGAGCUGUGUACAGAUCCUGCAGCGUCACACCCUGCCCCACCACAGGUAAGAGUUUCCGGCAGGAGCAGUGUGAGGUGCGUAACGGCCCCCAGACGGACCCUAAAGGCGUGAAGACGCUGGUGGAGUGGGUCCCCAAAUUCGCCGGCGUUCUUCCCAAAGACGUGUGCAAACUCACCUGCAGAGCCAAGGGAACCGGAUAUUAUGUGGUGUUUUCACAGAGGGUUGUUGACGGGACUGAGUGUCGUCCGUACAGCAGCUCGGUGUGUGUGAAGGGGAAGUGUGUUCGCACCGGCUGCGACGGCAUCAUCGGAUCCAAACUCCAGUACGACAAGUGUGGGAUCUGCGGAGGAGACGGAAACAGCUGCAUUAAAGUGGCUGGAAACUUCACCAAGAAGAGUAAGGGCUACACUGACGUGGUGAAGAUUCCCGAGGGUUCGACUCAUCUGAAGGUGCGUCAGUAUAAAGCUAAAGGCCAGUCGCGCUACACAGCAUACCUAGCGCUGCGGCGACCCGGCGGAGAUUAUCUGCUGAACGGCAAACUGAUGAUCUCCACCUCUGAAACCAUCAUCCCGCUCAACGGCUCUGUCCUCAACUACACCGGCUGGAGCCAGCGGGACGAGGCUUUCCACAGCAUGGGCCCCGCCGCCCUCCAGGAGAGCCUGUUAGUGCAGAUUUUAUCCACCGAUGCUAAAAAACCGCUGGAUAUACGCUACAGCUUUUUCAUGCCUCGCAAAACGCCACUCCCAGCCAGGACCUCCCCUGAAGCUCCGCCCAGAAUGUCGCUUGAAGCUCCGCCCAGAAUGUCACUUGAAGCUCCGCCCAGGAUGUCACUUGAAGCUCCACCCAGGAUGGCUCCUGAAGCUCUGCCCAGGACAUCCCCAGAAGCUCCGCCCAGAAUACCACCUGAAGCUCCACCUAGGACGCCUCCUGAAGCUCCGCCCACUGUCGCUUCUUUAUCGUCAGCAGAACUUGUAACGUUUACAUCUGACGUUCCUCCAACGACGGAGAGUCCGAAAUUCCCGCGCUGGCUGACGGGCCCCUGGAUGAGCUGCUCCAGAACUUGCGAUACGGGCUGGCAGAGUCGCACAGUUCAGUGUAAAGACGCUAACGGGAAACUGUCUAAAAACUGCCCGCUCAGCGCCCGGCCGUCAGCCUUCAAACACUGCCUGAUUAAAAAGUGUUGA